GAAGGGGUCGGUGCCCGUGCUGUUUCUUUCUGCGGGCUAGCAAUGUCUGGCGCGGUCUUUCUCUGGGGGGUGCUGGGGCCGCUGCUUGUGUCUGUGCUGCCCGGGCUCCUCGGAGACCGCCCCAGCCCCAACCUCGGGGCACACCCAGGGGACCCCACCCAGGUCGGCCUUGGGGCCACGGAACCCCUGCGGCAGCCACCGCCCAAGGACCAGCGCGAGCGAGCCCGAGCUGGGGCUUUGCCUUUGGGAGCGCUGUACACUGCGGCCGUCGUGGCUUUUGUGCUAUACAAGUGUUUACAGGGGAAAGAUGAGGCUACAGUUCUCCAAGAGGAGGCCGGCAAGGAAUCACUGCAGUCAGAGCAACAGCUGGCCCAGUUGACGCAACAACUGGCCCAGACAGAGCAACACCUCAACAACCUAAUGGCCCAGCUGGACCCCCUUUUUGAGUGUGUGACUACUCUGGCUGGAGCUCAGCAGAAGCUUCUGAACAUGAAGCUACAGACAGUUCACCAGCUGCUACAAGAGAACAAGCAGGACAAGGGUGUGGAGGUUCCAGAACCAGAGGCCAGCACACCUUUUCCUGAGGACUUAUGUAUAGAGGAGACUGGUGACAGUCAGGCCUGGGAGGAGCCCAUAAACUGGAGCACAGAGACAUGGAACCUAGCUACUGCCUGGGAAGUGGAGCAGGGGCUAAGAAGAAGAAGCAGCAUGGCUGUGGCAAAGGGCCCCAGUCACGGCUCCAGCUGGGAAGGAAGGAGGGACAGCAGCUGAAGGUUUAGUAAAACAAAGCCUAUUCUUGUGACUGGGCACUCCUGCGUGCUUUUUCCAUCCCAGCUGGUUGUACGCACACCCAUACUAGGUGCCUAAGGACAACUGGGCCUUCUUGAAAAGCUUCCCUUAUUAGGACAAAACGAGGCUGCCCUCCAGGGUGAAGGCAAACAAGAUAGAGGGAGCUCCAGUUCUUUUCCUUGUAUUUCUGAGGCCACCAUCAUGCCAACCUUCAGGGCACAAAAAUCCCUUUUCUCAUUUAACAUAACUGAGAAAGCCCUUUCCAAAAAAAAACUUUAUUAAAUCCAGUGGGAAAAUAAAUUAUAGAAGUUAUAUACAACAUAAAAAUAGCCGUGUUUACAAAGCAGAACUCCUGAUAAAUAACUGGCUAUAGACACAGUACAGAGCGUAUUAGUCCCAAAUCCCCUCAUUUGUGUUGGAGGGUCUGGUCCAACUGAGGUCUAACCAGGUCAGACUUGGUAUCCUGAUUAAGAGCCGGUCAACUGACCCAGCUUGGCU